AUGCAGUCCACUUCACACAGUACAAGUGCUGGAGGUCCAUUCCUUCGAAUCCUUUGUCUGCACGACGAUGAAUCCCAUGCCAUGGAACUGUCCAAUUCUCUGGAAGUUCUCGGAGAACGGCUCUUUGAAAAGCACGGGAUCGAUCUUGUCUACGUGAAUAGUCCCCUGAUAUCUCGAAACCAACAAGUGCUGGGGCCCGAGGAACUUCCAAAUCGUGUGUGGUGGGAGGAGCAAGCGCCUACCCUAACUCCUCCUGCACCAUCUACCAACCACUCACCAUGGAAUGAUGACGACGACGCCGAGGAUGAUGAUAAUGACAGCAAGAGUGCCGAUGAUCCCAACACACAAGAGGCUCCUCACGGAAAUUCAAAUGACAAGAGCUUUGUUGGACUCGAUGCCUCGCUGUUGUUGUUGAAACAAGUGUGGAACAGCAUGCCCUUUUGGGGCAUUAUGGCGAUUGGAAAAGGUGCCGCCGUCGGAAGUUUUCUUCCAUUGAUGGGAUUGAGUCCAGAGCCACAUUUUUGCUGUUUUGUUCAUGGGGAGUCAUUGUUAGUAGAAGAGACCGAACGAUUGACCGAUAUUCCAUGUUUGCACAUUGUCGGCGAGGAUCCUGGGCCAUCUGAAACUUUGUUUCGACAAUUUGGCGGCGAUGUUCAUUUGGGUGGAAAGAAAUUGACAAAGUCACUGCUCAAUAUCAUUGGAAAGUUUGUGGUGGAGCAAAAGAAGAAACUCCGCGAGGACAGUCCGGAAACGAACAUUUUGGCGCUCCAAAAUCAGUUGUACAUGGUGGAACAAGAAGCCGCCAGUAUUGUCGCCGAACGCAUUGCAGCGAAUCCACCAAAAGCGUUAAUGGCUGUGAUUCAACCACAAAAAGUAGGCGGAUGGAGUGGUCGGAAACGGCGUGGGCCAAAGGAGGAAGGAGGUGGAGCACCCUGUCCGUCCGAGUUUCUACUCAAGCGGGAAAAGAGGACCACCAAUCCGGAUGGUCCUACGAGGAACCAUCCCAAUGAUGCCAGGAAUAGUUCACAGGAGGAACAACAAGGAGAAGAAGAAGAGGAGGAGCACGUAGAACAACCACAAGAGCCAAAAGGAAACGACGGAAUAGCCUCCAACACUACUAAUUCAUAG